CACGUGUGUGUGACACUUUUUCUCUCGAAACGCUGGAUUCCUGCCGAGAGCCGCACGUGCAUUGAUUAUUAAUUAAGAUUCCUGAUUGACGUCAAUAAGUCUGAUGUUGGACGCUAUAAAGUGCCCGUGUGAUCAAUGACCCUGGGCAUAUUUACACAUGUCAGUUUUGGUUUGAAUGACAUUCAUGAAGAGUUUAUUUUCGUUCUUUAUUUUUACUAUUUUUUCACUCAAAGCCUUGUAUAUCAAGGCAGCGCGCGUGGCGUGACGUCACCUUCAAAGUUCCACCUGGGUGGAUGCGUGGGGAGGAGUCAGAGGUGAGAGUGAUGGAGGACUCUCGGCACAUGGUAGAGGAGGUGUUGGCUCUUUGUCUUCAGAGGAUCACCGUGGAGGAAACCAACAUGAACACUGAGCGAGAGUUCAUACAAGUGGUGAAGAACCUGGAGGCUGUGAGGAAGCGAUGGCUUUAUGCAGAAACGGAACUGAAGAAAUACAAAGAGCUGCUGGUGAAGUCGGACGUCACCAAAGCUGCUCUGGAAGUCAAACUGAAACACGCUCGAAACCAGCUGGACGUGGAGAUGAGGAAACGCUACAAAAUGGAAGGGGACUAUCACUACCUGCAGAGGCAGAUGCAGCUAAUGUGUGACAUCCUGGUCCACGACAGCAGAUCCAGUGCCUGUCUGAACGCCGAGCAGAAAUCUCUUUGGGCCACGUUCGAACACAAAGGAGGAAAUGUGACUCUGCACCGACGCAGCAAGCGGUUGUGUGUGAUUGACGAGUCAUCUUUCCUAUCCCACUCGGACAUCAGCUACGACAGGACUGAUGAUGACGUGGAUGUGGACACAACUACUAUCAAACCCCUGAGAUCCCGAGCCAGAGAGAGGAGGCGCUCCUCCAUGGGACUGACUGUCAACGCUCCAUUGGGGAAGAGAGGAAAAAGUGGAAAUGUUUCUGCAGAGCUGCUGGAGAUGAAACCUAUAGAGGAGGUCAACACGUUGAUGAAGGAGCUGCUAAAGACUCCCAAGACUGGUGAUGACAUCGCCAUGAGGACGGAAAUCCCACAAGAGACCCCUGAGAACCUGGUCUAUUCCGCGGAGUGUGCCAGCUCGGCCGGAGGAGAGCAAACCUCCGUCUGGUUUCCCUGUGAUGAGACCACGCUGGAACCUGAAGCUGAAGCAAAGAUGGAGAUUUGUGCCGUCAGAGCAUUGUCCACCUGCAGAGAGGAGAAAACCACAGCCCAUGUUUUCCUUUCUAAAACUGUGAUCCGGCCUGAGGUGUGCCUGCCCUGUGGGAAAAGACUACGCUUUGGAAAGAUGGCGGUAAAGUGCAGGAUCUGCCGCGCUAUCGCUCAUCCAGAGUGCAAACUGAAGUUGAGUGACCGCUGCUCAGCCACAACCCUGACAGGAAGUUCAGCUCAGCAGAAUUCGUUGGAGGAUUUUGCCCCUGUCAUCAACCCCAGAGUUCCUCUUCUGAUCGUGGACUGUGUGACUGAGAUCGAGAGGAGAGGCCUGGAAGAGAGAGGACUGUACAGAGUUCCUGGAGGAGAGCGUCUAGUGAAGGAGCUCAGAGAACGAUUCAUCCAGAGGAAAACUCCGCUCAUGCUCAAUAAGGUCCAUGAUGUUCACGUGCUGUGUGGCCUGCUGAAAGACUUCCUGAGGAAACUCGAGGAGCCUCUGAUCCCCUUCAGACUGCACAAAACCUUUAUGGAGGCUUCGGAGCUGGCUGAUGAAGACAACAGCACUGCCAUCAUGUAUCGGGCCAUCUCAGAGCUGCCAGAGGUCAACAGACACACAUUGGCGUUUCUCAUGCUUCACUUGCAGAAGGUUAUGAGGAGUCCUCUGUGCCAGAUGGACAAGAAUAACUUGUCCAGGGUGUUUGGACCAACUAUUGUCGGACAUGGGAUGUCUGAGCCCACCCCCACCACCAUCUUGAAGGACAUAAACACUCAGCCAAAGGUUAUUUGCCACAUGUUGUCCCUCCCUGAAGCCUACUGGAGACGUGUCCUUACUGUUCAGACCAAUACGAUCUCGUCAUCUACCACUAAAACCCACAGCAUGGAUUAUGCAAGUGGUCGGUUGUUUGAGCCAUUGACUUCUCCAGAGAUAAACAGCUACAACCAAGUUCCCAGCAGAAGAACACGGAAUCCUGGCAACGUUCCAACCAGCACUCGAGCAGAAGCAGGGUGGAGGUUCUUUACCUCCCCCAAUUGAUCAGCUGACCUGAACCACAUCCAGACAAGACAGUCUAUGCGUAUUUCUAAUCCUAUACAUAGUGAUACUGUGGCCAGUGGGUACUAUCUACUAAUUUAAUGUUCUUGUCCUCAAUAUGUGGUAUUCCCUCGCAGUUCCAGAAGUCUGAAGAACCAGUUAAAGGACUUAUUUCUUUCUGCCUGCUGCAAUGAAUGAAAUUUAAAUCUUGUCUAUGUAUGUAAUCUAUGUAUUUGUAUAAUGCUGUAAAAAAAAAUAUUUUGUGUACUUGUAAAAAAGUAUUUUAGAAUAUUUGAUCAAAUAAAUGCACCUAUAUCUUUUGGAAACAAAAUACACUAUUUGAUUUCAUAUAAUGAAGAAAUUUAAAAUAAACUGAAUAUACUAAUGUAUCAAUUCAUAAAGAAAAAUUCUAUAUUUCUUCAUAAUCCGUCAUGCUGAUUAGAAUAAGGCAGUGUUGACCUUGACUGACUGGUCUCUACACUAUUACAGCCACAUGGAAGGAGACCAUCAUUUACGCAAACCAUCAGAUGGGAAUAAUUCUCUAUGGCGCCCUAAAAACUUGAUCUCUCUUCAGUCAAGGCAGCAGCAGCAGUGGUAGAAGGAUCAACUAUUUUUAUUCCUGUAAAACUAUUGAAAGUGCUGCAUUCAACAAAGAAGCCAUAUUUUAAAUGUUAGAUCACACAGAAGUAAAAACAUAACUCUACCGUCACAUUACAAUUGAUGAGAUAUUAAAGACGCCAAUGGC